CGGGCUUAUUGCACCCGCGGGAAGCGCCGCGCAGAGCCCGCCACCAACGCUGCUGCGGGAUGCUGCGCUCCACGUCCACGGUCACCCUGCUCUCGGGCGGUGGCUCCGGGGCGCCCAGCAGGAGGGCAAAUGUCUGCAGACUACGGCUGACCGUACCUCCUGAGAGUCCAGUGUCUGAGCCAAGUGAAAAGGUUGAAAGAAGAGAGCAACAUCGUGACCUGAGCCAUGGAGAACCCACCAGGAAGCUCCCUCAGGGUGUUGUCUAUGGUGUGGUGCGAAGAUCAGAUCAAAACCAGCAGAAAGAGAUGGUGGUGUAUGGGUGGACCACCAACCAGCUCAAAGAAGAGAUGCACUACAUCCAAGAUGUGAGAGCCACUUUGGAAAAAGUAAGGAAGCGAAUGUACGGAGACUAUGAUGAAAUGAGACAGAAGAUUCGACAGCUCACCCAGGAACUGUCAGUUUCACAGGCUCAGCAGAACUAUCUGGAGAAUCACAUCCAAACCCAGUCGUCAGCCCUGGACAGUUUUAAUACCAUGAACUUGGCUUUGGCGUCGGACUCCAUCAGCCUACAGAAAACGCUUGUGGAUGUUACUUUGGAGAACAGCAACAUUAAGGAUCAAAUCAGAAAUCUGCAGCAGACAUACGAAGCCUCCAUGGACAAGCUGCGGGAAAAGGAGAGGCAGUUAGAGGUAGCGCAAGUUGAAAACCAGCUGCUGAAAAUGAAGGUGGAAUCCUCCCAAGAAGCCAACGCGGAGGUGAUGAGAGAGAUGACCAGGAAGCUGUACAGCCGGUAUGAAGAAAAGCUGCACGAAGAGCAGCAGAGGCACAGCGCUGAGAAAGAGGCUCUCCUGGAAGAAACCAAUAGUUUUCUGAAAGCCAUGGAAGAAGCCAAUAAAAAGAUGCAAGCAGCAGAGAUCAGCCUAGAGGAGAAGGACCAGAGGAUCGGGGAGCUGGACAGGCUGAUUGAGCGCAUGGAGAAGGAACGCCAUCAACUUCAACUCCAGCUCCUGGAGCAUGAAACAGAAAUGUCAGCGGAAAUUAUCAGUUCUGACAAAGAAAGGUAUCAGCGGCUGGAGGAGGCAUCAGCCAGCCUCCGGGAGCGGAUCCGACACCUCGAUGACAUGGUGCACUGCCAGCAGAAGAAAGUCAAGCAGAUGGUUGAGGAGAUCAUGUCCCACGAGCUCUUCUCCAGAUUUAGCCUCCGGCUCUUUGGAAGAUGACAAAGUGGUAGCCUGCUCUGGGUUGGAAGCUGUUCCUUUUGUUGUUCGUGGUUAGAAGAACACUUGUAUUCUCUCUGCUGGGAAGAGGUGGCAUGUCUGUGUGAUGAGCUGAUGAACAAAACAUGAAGGACAUGAUAUUGAAAAGAAAAUGUGGCCGCGUACGGCUCUUAUUUGUGGAAACACCCACAUUCUAUAACCUCAACUUCUACAGCCUGACACUGCCGAGUCAAGAGAACUCAAAGAUCCACAGAGUACUUCUAGAAACGUGGGUUCCUAGACAUCAAAGAACAAACUGGGAUGAAAGAUAGUACUAAAAAAUAAUUUAGAAAAUGCCAGGUGGAGGCUGGUCCUAAGAUCUUGGAAAAUGAAGCCUUAUUUAUGGAAAAGCUGCCAAGGACACCUGCCAAGAAGAUGGGAAGCGGGCUCGAAGAACUCCAGUCCUCUGGGAAGAAGUGCUCCCCACCUGAUCACACCCCAGGAAAUACAGAAGCAGCCACAUGUCGCUGUAGUUUGAUUAUAUUUGUACGUGGGAGGUGGCCCUGAGGAUGUCCUUUCUGAAUGAAGAUCAACGGCACUCGGCAGCGUAGCACUCUUCUUGUUUAAGAAGCGUUUGGUUUGCUUCUGUCACCAUGAAUAGACAGUGGAACUCCCUUCCUGAAAAGGAGAAGCAUAUCUGAUGAAAAGAGAAAUGUAUUCGGCUGAAAGAGAUUGAAGUGAAAUAGACUUCAUGCAUGCUUUAUUUUCAUAGAGGUCUUCCUGAGACAGCCGCAGGCCCUGGUAUCUCAUCCACACCAAGCGGUGUUGCUGAGAAUGGUAGUAGCAGCAGUGGUAGUAAUAGUUAGUGGGUGGCGUUCGCCGGAUAAUGAAGUGGAUUCAUUAAGGGGGUGGGUGUCACCUAGACGCUGGGUAGUUUUCCACGCCCUUCACGUCUCUGUGGCAACGUGGGCAAGUAAAUGCGUUCUGUCAGUAGCUGUCUUUGGUCUUUCAUGUGGAUGCUUCUGGCCAGCUGAUGCAAGCAGGCAGUGGCUAGGAAAGGACGCAGAUGAAUAACUUCCCACACGAGCAGGGAACUGUUCACGCGGUUUACCUCCGCCACUGUCCUGUCUGAACGCAGAUCCCCAGACACGCUGCUGGGUUUCCAGACUUUCCCCUCGGGAGGUUUGAGUCAGAUGUGAGAAUCGCUCAUCUAGAUGUCACUCUAGCGUAGAGACCUACACUGUUUCCAGGGAUAACCUUUGCUGCCCUCGUGUUUUUCAAAGGCUCUGGUAGAAAAGUUGCUGGGAUUGUCCUAGUGGAGUAGACUCACUCCCCAGCUUCAAAAAAUGAAAUAACAUCACACAAGGGAACGUCAUGACGUCUAGAGACAGCGGGGCACCCGCGUGGGCCUCCCUCCCAGGAUUGUGUGCUCUCCCCUUCCCCUGGAGUGUCUUCUCUCUUUUGGACCACAGAUAGUACCCUGAGGCCAGACAGGCCUCAUGUUGUGGGGCGGAGAGCGAGUGAGGUGCCGAGGCUGUCUGCAGGGUGGUGAGAGUGCCUCCGAAACGCCGUGCCCUAGACAGGCCCUGCACUUCCCCCAGGCCUGGGUUCUGGGCUCAUCGGGGAUCUCCUCAGAUCUGGGUCCCCUGCCUGAGAGGAUCUCCCUGCACCGGCUCAUCCCUGCUUCUGCCUGUGUUCCUCAAUUCACCCCUUCCUGCCAGGACUGUGAUAUGGUGUGAACUUGACUUCCUGCGUCAAACAUGAGUUAGGUGCUCGAACCUGGCCCCACCCUCACCCUGCACUACCACCCCAUCCCCAUCCCUGACCCUUAACUGGAUCUUAAGCCUUGGGCUCUUGGUAAGGCUGUAAUUUUGUCUCAGGGCCACUCACACCCCCACCCAAAGGAGAUGCUACUCAAAAGUUGAGGCCAAAUUUAUAGUAAUUGAAAAUGUUAAGUUUCCAAUUCUGGUGUUUUACGCUGUAUUAACACUUUUUUAUUUUAAAAUCUUAGAUGCUUUAUCUAAAGCGUGAAGUUUUUAGAAGGUAAUCAGCGCACAUGGGUGUAAACCUUCUAUUUUCUCUGCAUUAUGGAAAUAUUGCAGGUUCAUUGCAUGACAUGUACUGAUUAAUGUAUUCACAAUGUGAAUUGUCCUUUCAAGGGGAAGGUCUUUUCUUUGUAAAUGUCACUGAACCCACUUUCUGUGUAUUGAAAUCAUUUCUAAUUGGCUCUGAAAUGUUUCUCAGAGACCUGGGUGCUCAUGUUCUGCCCGUAGCUUGUGUGGCUGUGCUCCUCACCCAGGUAAAUGCCAGCUGGUGGGUGUUUCUCCUGCUACAAGGCUGUGUAUCUACACCUCCCGUCCCACAGUAACCAUCUGUGGGAGGUAUUAUUAGCACCGUUUGUUAGUACUGGAAAUUGAGACUUAAGAGUCUUACAAAAUAAGUAGCUAGCAGUCUCUCCACAAGUGAUGAUGGUGUUAGGUCCACAUCCAGAGUUUUGAAUCCGAAGCCAGCCUUGUUCUUUACUUCUUAUAUUUUUAUAAUUGGAAAAAAAUUUUAAAUACAGAAACUUACAGAGAAUGAUAAAAAUAAAACCUGUGUGCUCUCUUCUGGAAGUGACAGAUGUUAACAUUUUGGCAUAUUUCAUAUUUUUUUCUAAGUAAAACAUUACAAAGAAAUUCUCAUUUUAUUCCUCCCAGUUCAGAUUUUUUUCCUUCUAUCCUCCACCCCAUCCUGCCCCACUGCUUCCUUCAGAGGCAGUUUGGCCUCUAACCAGACCAUGUUUCUGUGCUUUUACUACCCAUAUGUGUAUUUAUUGUUGGUAUAUAGCUUAGUUUCUGUAUUUAAAAAAGUGUAUAGGGAGUUCCCUGGUCGCCUAGUGGUUAGGAUUUAGCGCUUUCACUGCGGAGGCCCGGGUUCGAUCCCUGGUUGGGGAACCAUCCCACAUGCCGCGCCGUGCAGUGCAGCCAAAAUACAAAUAAAAAAAUAAAUGAUAAAAGGUAUGUAAAUUUUUGUAUAUAAUAUAUAAAUAAAUUUUAUUGUAUUUAU